AUGAAACGCAAGAAGGAACAUGAGAAGGACAAGUUCCCUCUUGAACAUGUUCCGGUGAAGUUUCUGAAGAAGCCACACCAAAAGAAAUUCCUCCGUAGGUUGGAACGCAAAGAGGAGAACAUGGAGCGACGAGAGGCCAAGUCCCUAUGCGUGUCAAAGAUGUGGUCUUCCAUCAUCCGAACCCAAGGCUUUAUCGAUUCUUACUACGCUAUGUCCUCUGCGACGCGACCUCGGUUUAUAGUCGCUUUAAGCAGCAGUUCAUACGUCAAGGAUCAUGCCAAGCGUCUGUUCAUCUUCUCGGGAGAGGAAUGCUCGUCUUCUUCUUCUUACGUUUCUGCCAAUCUCGACAUGACAAUACCUUCCUUGAGAUUGGCCCACGGCUACACGUGUCCUUCCGUCCAUGGCUUUGUCAGUUGUUGUCAUGGUUUACAGUUCACUAUAUGUAACCCUAGCACGAGGCAAGUCGUUACUUUACCUGCUUGUAAUGGAUACGACAUCACAUCCUUGGGAUACGACCCUGUUGAUCAUCAAUUCAAAGCAUUGAUCCCCGUGGCUUGUGAAUUAUGGUAUCCGCUUGCCAAGACUUUGGCAGAGAAUGCAGCCUGGAAAUUUGCCAAAGAAAAUGGACUCGACAUGGUCGUGAUGAAUCCAGGAUUUAUAAUCGGACCACUUUUGCAACCAACUCUUAAUUUCUCGGUAGAAAUUAUUGUGGAUAUCAUGAAUGGUAAGAACCCUUUCAAUAGUAGUCACUACAAGUUCGUGGACGUGAGAGAUGUUGCUUUGGCUCAUGUCAAAGCAUUGGAGACUCCGUCAGCCAAUGGCAGAUAUAUUAUGGAUGGUCCAAGUAUGAAGACACACGACAUUAAAGAGAUUUUGCUUGAAUCAUUUCCAGAUUUGUGUCUUGCUAACACGUGA